UCUCUCUCUCUCGCUCUCUCUCUUGCUCUCUCUCUCUUUUUCAUGCUCUCUCUCUGCAUUUCCUGAAAAAAAAAGUUUUGCUGCCUUAAGGGGAAGUGGUGUGUUUAGACAGUCUGCUCUCAAUAAUCUCUGCUCAAAAGUGUGAAUCUUUUGUGCACAGAGGAGUGUUCGCAGGAAGCAUGAAUGCUACUGGUGUAAGGGUUUUUGAACAGGCCCAGGAGACAGAGGUGGACCCAUCUAUUGUGGGAGCCUGUGUCAUCUUGUCUGUGUGCUUUGUGGUGGGGGCUCCAGGGAACAUGCUGGUUGUGUGGACCAUCAUGAGGCACGUGAAGCAGCGCUCUCAUACCGUGUUGCUCAUCAUGCACCUGGCUAUUGCUGACCUGCUGGUAGUCUUCACCCUGCCUCUGUGGAUCUACUCAAUGGUUCGGUCCUGGGUGUUCGGUGAGGUUCUGUGCAAGGCCAUGGUGUAUGUCAUCUAUGCCUGCAUGUAUGCCAGCAUCUUCCUGAUCACCAUCAUGAGUGUGGAGCGCUUCCUGGCUGUCAGAUACCCCUUCGCCUCGGCCGCCUGGAGAAAGAAGCAGAUGUUCAAUAAGAUCUUACUGAUUUUAUGGGUGGUGUCCUUUCUUCUCAGCAUCCCGGUAAUAAUCACUCAGGUCUUGGAUGGAGAUAAUGGACAAAUAAACUGCCUGUACCGGGAGUAUAAAUCCAUUACAGAGGAGGCUGUGCUUCUGAUCUUGGAGUCUCUUGUGGGCUUCUUGAUCCCCUUCUCCAUCCUGGUGUUCUGCUAUGGCUGCCUGUACAGUCGAAUCACGCAGAUGAGUUUCAGGUCCAAGCGCAAGUCUACACUGCUAAUUGUCAGUGUUGUGAUAGUGUUUGCUCUCUGCUGGAUCCCGCACCACAUCAUCAACAUUCUGUCUUUGGUGUUUCUUUACCUCAAGGACUCCCAAGAGCGAAAAAUGAUUGAAGAUGUUGUGAGUGCCAUGCAAAUUAUCUCAAGCUCACUGGUCUUUGUGAGCAGCACUAUCAACCCAGUGCUUUAUGUUUUUGCAGCACGGAGCUUUCGCACUUCACUAAGGGACACAGGCAUCCAUAAGCUUUUCCGCCACCUGUCCAGCACAGUGACAGGCGAAGGCACUAGAGAACUGUCAUUUGUGUCCAAACGGCAAAGCUCUCACACCAACACUUCUCGGUGCUGCAUGGAGUCCAAAGCACAAAUAGACCUACUUGUGGACAUAUGCAACAACGCUGCCACUGAUGAGAAUGUUUGAAGGUACCAAUUUUGGCUACUGAGUGUACGAUAUAUAUAUAUAUAUACA